AAUUCUUUACAGCCCACCAGAGGCUGUGAAUGGUAGACAACUCAUCGUAUUUCGUUCCACUGGCGAGUAUCACACCAGUCAGAGUGUGGGGAGGCUGAGCAGAGCGCACAGCUACAGUCAGCGAUCCUCAGAUGUCAUGUAAAGUAACUGGCAGAACAGUGGAAAUUUUUAUCUGAGAGGAUGAUGACUGUGCUUUAAAAGCACUGAAAUACGCACGAUUCUUUUUUUUAUUCAUAGGAUUUCAUGUGCGCGCUAAAGUGGCCAUGGCGCAUUUUACGCACUACAGGUAACCAGUGUUUUGGAGGCUAAAACAACCAAAAGCAUGGAUUAAACUGCAAGUAUUUUUCCCCACUUUCUUCAGCAGAGCUGAAAUGGCGGCACUUCGUAGAAAAUUUGGCGAAGACUAUCAGGUGGUUAACACAAAUCGGGCUUCAUCUUUUUCUGCUCCGGUCAAGAAAAAACGCCAGCGUUUCGUGGAGAAGAACGGUCGCUGCAACGUGCAGCACGGAAACCUCGGUGGAGAGACCAGCAGAUACCUCUCUGACCUGUUCACCACUUUGGUAGACUUAAAGUGGCGAUGGAACCUACUGAUCUUCAUCCUAACUUACACCAUCGCAUGGCUGGUCAUGGCAUCGAUGUGGUGGGUCAUUGCGUACAUCAGAGGAGAUCUAAAUCAUGGCCACGACUCAUCGUACACCCCCUGUGUGGCCAAUGUUUACAACUUCCCCUCAGCUUUUCUGUUCUUCAUCGAGACUGAGGCCACAAUUGGUUACGGCUACCGGUACAUUACGGAGAAGUGUCCGGAGGGCAUAAUCCUUUUCUUGUUCCAAUCGCUGCUGGGCUCCAUAGUGGACGCUUUUCUCAUCGGUUGUAUGUUCAUAAAAAUGUCCCAACCCAAGAAACGCGCAGAAACGCUCAUGUUCAGUCAGGACGCGGUGAUUUCUCUGCGAGACGGCAAACUGUGCCUCAUGUUCCGUGUGGGCAACCUACGGAACAGCCACAUGGUGUCCGCACAGAUCAGGUGCAAGCUUAUAAAGUCUCGUCAGACGCCUGAGGGCGAGUUCCUGCCUCUGGACCAGUGCGAAUUGGAUGUGGGCUUUGGAACGGGUGCAGACCAGCUCUUUCUGGUAUCCCCUCUCACCAUUUGUCAUGAAAUUAAUCCCAAGAGCCCCUUUUUCGACCUAUCCCAGCGCUCUCUCAUGAGUGAACAGUUUGAAAUUGUCGUUAUCCUCGAGGGCAUCGUUGAAACUACCGGUAUGACAUGCCAGGCAAGAACGUCAUACACUGAGGAUGAGGUUUUAUGGGGCCAUCGUUUCCUGCCAGUAAUGUCCCUGGAAGAGGGUUUUUUCAGGGUCGACUACUCUCAGUUCCACAGCACGUUCGAGGUGCCGACACCACCGUACAGUGUCAAGGAGCAUGAAGAGAAGAAUUCUCUCCCCUCGCCUCUGUCCACUCCUACCCCCGCACUGACUGAGAGCCACGGUGCCCGACGUGACCGUGUGUUUUCUGUGGAUUGUAUUAACACUACUGAGGAGAGGGGCCAUCAUGUAGGGACUGGGGUUCGACUUCCAAGCAAAUUGCAGAGGAUGAGUUCGUCGGGGAAGGAGGACCUUCAGAGGAAAGUGCUUAUGCUUAGCUCCCAGCACUCAGAGAAGGCCUGCAGCACCGGAGACCUCCCCCUAAAGCUGCAACGUCUCAGUUCCUCACCUGGUCCCGAGGCAGCAAAUCGUCUAGGGCUAAAGUCUCUCAAGGUGGGCUUUGAACCCAUGACCCAGUCAACUGGAGACCUGUACCAGCACAGCCUGCCAUCCACGCUGUCUCCUGCUCCGGUUCCCAUGCACAGCCCACUUCUUUCAGCCGGUGGGAGGUUGGAGGAUAACUUGCCACCAAAGCUAAGGAAGAUGAAUGCCGACCGCUGAAAUCCAGACAGUCCUGGACUAUAACAACAUACAGACAGUGACCUCUGACCACAAACACAUGAAAACAAGAGUCAAAGAUGUACUUUACCCUUGGAGGCUUUGAUUAAAACAAAAAAAAAAACACCAAGAGGUUUAUUCAUUUUUAUUUCUUGAGACUAAAUCUUUACUGGAAUUACUGUGAUUUUGUGCUUAGCAGAAGCUAUGCUAUUAUUAAUUUACGCUUUGGUACACACAACCAGAAAACACAAACCUUGAGCUUAAAGCAAACUUGAUUAUUCUGCAAGAGUUGUGCAUGUAUACACUAAAUCCAUUGUUUAAUGUAUGCACCACUACACUUAACUGUCAAUCUUAGUUUUAUCUAAAUAUAAAUUAUAUUACGAUGAUAAUAAAUGCUGUUUGAUCUUUCUCUU